GGAGUGGAGUGGGAGGGACCAGGUCCUUCCAGAGCAGAAGGAGUGAAAGUUUGGAGCAGCUGAGUGGAGGCUGGUGUGCUGAGAGGACUGCUGGUUCCUGCUGCUGCAGCUUCAGGACGGACGGAGGAACCAAAUUCCAUUGAAAAUGCUGCCCUGCUGCGCUGUCUUCGUAUUGGUGCUACUAAAGCUAGGCCACGCCCAGUAUGAGCACCUGGGCUACCCACCCGGCUACCCUGACCCGGAACAGGAACACUACACGGCUCCCCAGCUGGCCCCAGACACGCCCAGGAUUCAGCUCCGCCUGGCUGGAGAUAAGAGGAAGCACAACGAGGGCCGGGUGGAGGUCUUCUACAACGGAGAGUGGGGGACGGUCUGUGAUGACGACUUCAGCAUCCACGCUGCUCAGGUGGUGUGUCGGGAGCUGGGCUACCUGGAGGCCGUCUCAUGGUCACCAUCUUCAAAAUACGGGAAAGGAGAAGGACCCAUCUGGUUCGACAAUCUCCACUGCACCGGCAAAGAGAAGACCUUAGCGCUGUGUCCGUCCAACGGGAUCGGCGUUUCCGACUGCAAACACAGUGAAGAUGUGGGCGUGGUGUGCAGCGACAAGAGAAUCCCGGGAUUUAAAUUCAUCAACACGUUGCCCAACCAUGUAGAGAACCUUGAUAUUCAGGUGGAGGAUGUGCGGAUUCGAGCCAUCCUGUCAUCGUACCGUAAGCGGAUCCCUGUAACCGAGGGCUACGUGGAGGUGAAGGAUGGCGGCAAAUGGAAGCAGAUCUGUAACACGGAGUGGACCCAGUUUAACAGCAGGGUCAUCUGUGGCAUGUUCGGCUUCCCUGGGGAGAGGAAGUACAACGCCAGGGUCUACAAGAUGUUUGCUCGCAGGAGGAAGCCCACCUACUGGGACUACUCCGUCAACUGCACUGGAAACGAAGCCCAUCUGUCCAGCUGCAAACUGGGCCAGACUACUGCCCUGAAGUCCAAUGAGAGCUGCAGCGGGGGGCUGCCGGUGGUGGUGAGCUGCGUUCCUGGUAGAGCCUUCGCACCGACGCCCAUGACGGGAUUCAGGAAGGCCUUCCGACAAGAGCAGCCGUUGGUUCGUCUCCGUGGCGGGGCCAUCGUGGGCGAGGGCCGGGUGGAGGUGCUGAAAAAUGGAGAGUGGGGCACCAUCUGUGAUGACAACUGGAACCUGCUGUCUGCCACCGUGGUGUGUCGAGAGCUGGGCUUCGGUACGGCGAAGGAGGCCCUGUCUGGAGGUCGCCUGGGACAAGGUAUGGGCCCAGUGCACAUGAAUGAGGUGGAGUGCUCUGGAUUUGAGAAGUCCAUAACUGAGUGUUUCUUCAACAAGGAGGCUGUGGACUGUAGCCAUGAGGAGGAUGCAGCCGUCAGAUGUAACGUUCCUGCUAUGGGCUUCCAGGAGAGGCUGCGCCUGAGUGGAGGCCGUAACCCCUAUGAAGGCCGUGUGGAGGUGCUGAUGGAGAGGAACGGCUCUCUGGUGUGGGGGACGGUGUGCAGCGAGGGCUGGGGAACCAUGGAGGCCAUGGUGGUCUGCAGGCAGCUGGGCCUGGGCUUCGCCAGCAAUGCUUUCCAGGAGACGUGGUACUGGCCGGGGGAGGUGAGUGCCGACGCCGUGGUGAUGAGUGGCGUUCGCUGCUCUGGGACGGAGAUGUCUCUGUCCCACUGUCUGCACCAUGGAGACCACCUCAGCUGUUCCAAGGGAGGCGGACGCAACGCCGCCGGAGUGUCCUGCUCCGAGACGGCUCCUGACCUGGUGCUGAACCCUCAGGUGGUGGAGCAGACCACCUACAUGGAGGACCGCCCUAUGUUCAUGCUGCAGUGUGCCUAUGAGGAGAACUGUCUGUCCUCCACAUCCAGCCAGGUCCCGGCCAACUCCUACCGCCGCCUGCUUCGUUUCUCCUCCCAGAUCCACAACAACGGACAGUCGGACUUCCGGCCCAAAGCUGGCAGACACUCCUGGGUGUGGCACGACUGUCACAGGCAUUACCACAGCAUGGAGGUGUUCACCAUCUAUGACCUGUUCAGCCUCAAUGGAACCAAAGUAGCAGAAGGGCACAAAGCGAGUUUCUGUCUGGAGGACUCGGAGUGUGAUGAAGGUAUUGAAAAAAGGUAUGAGUGUGCUAACUUUGGAGAGCAGGGCAUCACCGUGGGCUGCUGGGAUACCUACAGACAUGACAUCGACUGCCAGUGGAUUGACAUCACUGAGCUCAAACCUGGAGAUUACAUUUUCCAGAUUAACAUCAAUCCAAACUAUGAAGUGCCAGAGUCAGACUACAGCAAUAACAUCAUGAAAUGCAGAUGUCGAUAUGAUGGUCACCGUGUGUGGAUGUACAGCUGCCAUAACGGUGGCUCAUUAAGCACAGAAACAGAACAGACGUUCCCAGGCCUCCUCAACAACCAGGUGACCCACAGGUAAAGCAGAGUGAAGCCAACCGGCCGUUCCCUCCAGCAGGAUGACCGUCUGACGCCCACCAACCACUGCACAUCUCCACCUGUGCUGGACUCCUCCUGCCAGCUGUGUCCUGGUCCAAACAUCUCCUUUUAUGUCCCCUCUUCUAUGAAGCAGCAGCUUUCUGUGACACUCAGACCUCCUCCUUCCCUUCAGCAGAGAGAUGAUUUGAUUCCCCUCCUGUCCAGACACAGUCAGCUGCAGCUUCACCAACACUUUGCUCUGUGACUGAGAGAGCUUUUUACUUUGUAAUGAGCGCUGAAUAAACCUGCAGGUUAGUGGCAGCAUCAGGGAAUGUCAUCAGGAAAGUGCCUUUUUUCAUGGAACUCUGCUGCAGUGUUUCCUGUUCAAAGCUCUCCUUGGGAGUUUGGAUUUUUGUACCUGAAGAUUGAGAGAAUUAUCAUUGUGGCAGCACAAGUCAAUUUCUUCCACUUUUAAUCAGUUUCUCAGAGUGCCUUUUACACACUGAAGUCCAGAUACACUGAGGUUACGUUCCACAGGCGUUCCUGCUGCAUGCUGGGUAUUUAAGGUGAAGCUUCACAUCUCCACUGAAGGCUAAAUGAGCAGAAGCAAGUCCUGACAAAGCAAGCAGCCGUUCAUCACCAGUUACAGAUACUAACUGUCUGAUUGAGCUGCAGGACUGAUGUGCCAUGGCUGAAACGUGCCUCUAAUCUGCUCUGCAAAGUGAAUGGACCAGACUGUAGUUACGCUUCAAAAACAGAGGUGCACUACUAGAGGUGUAGUGGAAGCAAUCUCAUUUAACAGAGAGACAAAUAUUAUUCUUAUUUUUCUGUUUAUAUGCAGCAACAUGUGUCUCUGAAGCUGACGUUCUCUUUGCCUUUACAUCCAUUCCUCCUCCCUUCUUUAAGACCUCUGAUGGUUUGUGUCCACAGGAUCUGUCACCUUCAUCGUCCAUGAAAGCCGCUCUGCAGUGCAUUCUGGGAGCAUCACGUUGCAUUUCUAGAGAAGUGCCGUUGCUUUUCCUGCUCCUCAGUUGCAUAAAGCUGAGGUUUUGACUACUUUAUGCAAAUGAGGAAAAUAACUGUUGUUAACCUUAAAUGAAAACAGAUUCAGCAGCUGCAGAGCUGAAUUCACCCCAGAUGUGUUUAGAAUAAAAGUUAAAAGCUGCCGUAUUGGUCCAGUUUAAAGUUCCAGAAGCAGUCAGUUCCUGAGUGAAGUGUUGUUCUGUUAGAUGCAGCUGUUCGGGCUGUCCGCCCAUCAAGCAUCCAGUGUUGUGAUCCCUAAAAACGCCCCUGUGGACACAUACCAUAAUAAGAAAAGCCCUCAGAGAGCAGUCCUCCUCCAAGGCUGCUCAGUCCUCGUAUCAUUUCUGAUGGAUAAGUCCUGAUAAGUCCUCAGAGGUGGAUUUGUAGUAGGAUCACAAUCAGCUGAUGUAGUGUUCACUGGUUGUCAUGGUUACAGUUACGAUGUGCAGAAAUCUUCAACAAAUCCAUGGAUCCAGACUAUAAGCUGCAUCACUGCCAGAAUCUAAUGAUUUGGUCCUUGAGUCAUUUCUGACCUUCCCUGAAAAUUUCAUCCAAAUCAUUGGUCUGUUUUUUGUUUUUGAGUAAUGUUGCUAACAGACAGACGGACAGACAGCCGAUCGUCACAUAACUCCGCCUAGACUCUGCCUCUUUGACGGAGUAAAAGUCUUGCUUUUGCUGCCCUCCAGUGGUUAUCUUCUGACCUUGCUGCAGUUGGUUCUGGUUUGCUGCUGAUGGACGGUUUCAGGUGCGACUGAACACAUCUGACCCCAGCAGAUUUUUAUUCGACGCUAAACAAACUUGGAACUUCCAACCACAGCUGGCAGUAGAUGGCUGCUCUUCACCUGGUCGGAGGUACUGUUAAACAGCCUGUUUCAGGGAAGGGCAUGAGGGUUUUUAGUGUCGUGCUGAAAUGAGAACGAAGGAUCGACUUAUUCUUGCAUAUAUCCAGUGAAAUGAAUUAAAAGUCUCCCUCUGUUGAUAGUUUUUACCUCGCUAACAUGUCUAUGUCAAGUUUUUAGCAUGCUGUUUUAUCAUGUUUUUAUCAUGCAACUCAUGAUGCAUUGCUCAUGCAUCAUGAGUAAGAUAAGCAAUCAGUGCAGUGACUGGACACUUCAGUCCUUAGACUGCAGUAUAUCGAUCCCAGAUUCAGAUUCAGACCAAACCAACCUGAACCAGGUAGUGUACGGCUGAUUUAUAGGUCCGAGGUGAGCUGGUGUGCUCCUUCUGCAGUGAAUGGGGAGGGCUGAGGGACUUCAUAGAUGUUCACAUUCUAGAGGAAGCAGGUUUAGAUUUCCAUCUGAGUCAUUUCUAGACAGGAGAGGAUUAUUUUCAUGGAAAAACGUUUAAUAAUGUAACUUUGACACACAGAUGAGUUUUUAGGGAUUAAAACAAUGAGAGGAAGCAUAAAGGUCCUCACAUCACUUACAGCUGAGUGCUUUCAGUUCAAGCACGUUUAACUUCAGUGACCUGAACAGAUGUGCUACAUUAAGCUAAUUCAUUCAUUGGUCAUUGACUGCAACAACAAACCAUUUUUCAUAAUCAAAGGAACAAGAUGAAAAGCCUGUGGGCUGCUUUACCAUGAUGUUUUAACUAACAUGUCUUAUUACCUGUUGAGUUAUUAUUCUGUUAGCCAAGCUAACAAAGUAGCUAACUGACCAUUUGUGUAAUCACCAGCAGGUUUAUGGGAUGGCUCAGAGGGUAGUUUACCAGUGGUAGCCCGACAUCUCCAGCUGAACAGCUCAUAUUAGCUUUUUUAAGAUAACUUUCAUUUUCCUGGGAUAGUAGAGAGUUACUCCAGCAUCUACCACCCCCAGGGCAGAAUGAGGUUAGCUAGCUAACUAGCUAACCAGCUGUAUUCCAUUGUACAGUUCAAAGACUCAGGCCAGGAUACCACACACAUGUAGUCUGAUGUACAGGGAGUCCCUAAAGUCUGGACUCAUGGUAAAUCUCAUUAACUAUCAUGUUUUACCUCCACACAUUAAAUAUGGCUUUGUGGAAAGAAGAAAGAGUUGAACUGGUGCUUCUCAGUGAAGGAUGGAUGCAAGGAAAGACAGCAGAUGAAUUUAAUCAUCCAAGGAGGAUUCCUCUUGGCUUUUCCACGCUGAUGAAGGUGGUUAAAGAGUUGAAAGAAUCAGUCAGUGGUUAAAGACUUAAAAGAAUCAGUCAGUGUCAUGGACAAACCCUGUUCUGGACGACCAGAUGGAUCAGCCCAAACUAAAGGAUUGGUCAUGGAUAAGAUUCAUGCUAGCACCAAGAAAUCACCUCGUUAACCCUUACCCUACCACUAUCCAUCCCUGACCUUAUCUUUCCGUUUGUCCAUUCUUCAUGUCCACUGAGAAGUACUGUUUCUACUCUUCCUUCUUGGAGUUCUUCAAGUUCUACUAUUAUAUUACCAUUGUUUCUAGUCCUGUAAGCACAGGACAAAGGUACAACACAUCUAUUGUUUCUGAAGCAACCUUUUUCUUCCUUUUAGUAGUAAAAAUAUUACUGAUAUGUUUAAAAAUCCCUGUGAAGUGCGCUUUAAGACAUGUUACUGGAGUGUGUGUACAUCAGCAGACUGUCGGUACAGGAAGGUUUCAGCCUUCACUGCUUUAUGUUCUCCUAUCAGGAGGACAGAAGAGCUGAUUUCCAUCCUGUGGUUGGUAGAAACCAUCCUCUCUGUUCUCCAUCACACAACCAGAGUUCCAGAUGUGUUGAUUUUCUCCAACAGCUCAUCAGUAACGUCCUGUUUUAACGUCACCUCGUUUUAUUCUAUUGUACAAUAAUGUGUGACUCCAGUUUUAAUGUACUUUUUGUAAUGGUGCUAUCAAACUGCUCCUCUGUUUUCUGAGGACAGUACAUGUUGAACAGCUACAUUAUGUAUACUAACAGUAUACUUGAACUGAGCGUACGAAACAAUGUGCUUUGUGUGUGAAACUAUAAUAAAAGUCUGAGUUACGGAGCAACCACA